CCUACAAUGAAUUCGAUUCUGAUGAUCAUCCUCAUGCAACAGCUACUAACUCUGACAUUGGCUGGCCCUCCACUCGCUAGAGUCGUAAAGGCUUUGAAAGAAGGUGCGAGAGAUCGAGCUAGAGCCACGGUGACAAUGCCUACCGGUAAUAAACCUUCAAGGAGGUUGAUCCUACAUUCAGACAGGAUGUCUUUGAAAAGGACUGAAUUUACCAGAAUAGAGCCUAUAGAAGUCGAUAAGAGAGCUAUCAAGGAUUAGUCAAUUAUAUCACGGAGAAGAUUUUAGGGCAGUACCCAUUCAACACAGCAUCUGGGGCUAUUGACUCCUCCAGAGAGUGAAGAAGGACAUUAAACUAGGGGCACUCGUUGUAUUGUAUCAGUUCCCGCGGUGUUGCUGGCAUAAGAAAGCUGUGGCUAUGAAAGGCGCCUUACAAUGAAAAGAAUGCACAUUUCAGGAAUGCAGAUUAUAACAAGGAAUAUGAGAGCUGGCAUUUUGUUAUUGUUGUGUUUAGUGUAGCUUAUCCCAGUCGCCUUUCUCUCUGGCAACCUUCAUCCUAAUGACGAAC